GGAGACGAGGCCCAGUCUAAACGAGGUAUCCUUACGCUGAAAUACCCGAUUGAGCAUGGUAUAGUCACAAACUGGGAUGACAUGGAGAAAAUCUGGCAUCAUACGUUCUAUAAUGAGUUGCGUGUGGCUCCCGAGGAGCAUCCGGUUCUUUUGACUGAGGCACCUCUGAACCCGAAAGCGAAUCGGGAAAAAAUGACCCAGAUUAUGUUCGAGACAUUCAACGUGCCCGCUAUGUACGUGGCCAUUCAAGCCGUUCUGUCACUAUAUGCCUCGGGUCGUACCACUGGUAUUGUGCUCGACUCCGGUGAUGGCGUCUCUCAUACCGUGCCUAUAUACGAAGGGUACGCUCUGCCACACGCCAUAUUGCGUCUUGACCUUGCUGGACGUGAUUUGACCGAUUACUUGAUGAAAAUCCUUACUGAACGUGGCUAUAGUUUCACGACCACGGCUGAGCGUGAGAUUGUGCGUGAUAUCAAAGAGAAACUAUGCUAUGUUGCCUUAGACUUCGACCAAGAGAUGAGCACGGCUGCGCAGAGUUCCUCUUUGGAAAAGAGUUACGAGUUGCCUGACGGACAAGUAAUAACCAUCGGCAAUGAGCGCUUCCGUUGCCCUGAGUCCCUCUUCCAGCCCAGUUUCCUGGGCAUGGAAUCGAGUGGUAUUCACGAGACCGCAUACAACUCUAUUAUGAAGUGUGAUGUCGACAUUCGUAAGGAUCUUUACGCCAACACAGUACUCUCUGGUGGUUCUACAAUGUAUCCGGGUAUCUCAGAUCGAAUGCAAAAAGAAAUUUCUGCUCUGGCUCCCAGCACAAUGAAGAUCAAAAUUGUGGCCCCACCAGAACGUAAGUAUUCAGUAUGGAUUGGAGGCUCCAUUCUUGCUUCCUUGUCCACCUUCCAGCAGAUGUGGAUCACUAAACAAGAAUAUGAUGAAUCAGGUUCAGGAAUCGUUCAUCGCAAAUGCUUCUAA